AUGAUGGAUUUUGCAGACGACGAGCAGAAACGCAGAAAGGCACUUCGACCUGUCGUCGGUCUGAAGCUAUGCCGGCGGGGCAACCCUUUGGCGGGGCAGCCAUUAGCCAUUAACCAGCGGAAGAAAGAAAGAGAGUCAAUCACAAUGGCCGAAGCCGUCGACUGCUAG